AUGGCGCUACUCUCUCCUUUGCAGCAGUGUAGCAGCAACAGCAGCAGCAGAUGUUGCAGCAGCACCCCACGCAGAACUAUCGUAAGCGACAGGAGCGCUGGCAGCAGCAGCAACAGCAAGAGCAGCAGCAGCAACGAUAGCAGUAGCAGCAACAACAACAACAGCAAGACCAGCAGCAGCAACGACAGCAGCAGCAGCAGCAGCAGCAACCACAGCACCAGCAACAACAACAACAGCAAGACCCGCAGCAGCAACGACAGAAGCAGCAGCAGCAGCAAGAACAGCAGCGACAGUAGCAGCAGCAGCAGCAGCAAGAGCAGCAGCAGCAGCAGCAGGGGUCUGCGUCUUUUGUCUCCUUUUGUUCUUCGUAAUUCACCCCACAGUGUUGGCUUUAAACGGCAGCAGCAGCAGCUGCAGCAGCUGUGGACGCGAGAGCUGCAGCGGCAGCAGCAGCAGCAGCAGCAGCAAAGUUCUUCGUUUGUUAGUAAGUUGAAACACUUUGCUGCUGCUUUGGGUCUUCAACUGCAGCGCCUGCUGCGGUGUUCGCAUGUCCGUGCGGGUUUGCUGCAGCAGCAGCAGCAGCAGUUGCAGCAGCAGCUGAAGCAGCAGCUAAGCAGCCAGAAGCUGCUGCUGCAGCAGAAAGGAAAGAGGCUAAAGCAGCAGCAGGAACUCGUAAUUGAGCGACUGCGGCAGCGGCUGCGACUGCAGCAGCAGCAGCUUGGAAGGCAGCUGCAGCAUCAGCAGCAGCAGCAGCAGCAGAUGCUGCAGCAGCGGCGCAUCUUCUGGGCAGAAAGAAAACGCAGGCAGCUUGCUGCUGCUGUGCUGCUGCUGCAGCAGCAACGCCAGCAUAUAGGAGCAGCAGCAGCUGGUGCUAGAGAUCGUCUGAAGGGUCUUUGGCGUCGCUACGGUUGGACAGCCGUCGUUUCUUAUACAAUGUACGUAGCUAGCUAG